UUUUGCCUUUGAGCUGUAAAAUUCCACAGGGUUCUUAGGUUUCAGGCCCACACUUAGUUUAACUUGCCGUCGAGAAAACACCCCUUAGUAGGAGUCAAGUUGUUGCUAUGGGGCUUGGUGUUCCCAAACCCAUCCGCGCCUAGUGCCAUCGAAAUCAAAAAUGAAUUUCGCUCUGAUUUGGCAUUUGUUUACUUUUAUGGCACCCGAUCGACCUAUCGAGCCGUUGUCGAUGUGCUGCUUUGGGGCUUUGGCAACAUUCAAUUUACGCACAUUUAGCGAUAAGAUAAGCCCUAGGCAGCCACAAAUAAUAUCAACUGGCCAUGGGUCUGAUGGCUCAUUGCGGUGGCUCGGUUCAAGAAAUUCGGUCGAUAAUAGUUAAGGGCCAAAAGAUUUAAAAAUCCAAUAUUUUAGACUCUACUUUCCAUUCAAAUCGGUUCUUUUAUAUCGCCAAAGAAAUGGCUAAAGUCUGGGUGGCCAUAUCGCUUUUCCUAGGCGUUCUGGCAUCCGGUGAAAAUCUUGGAGCUGAGAGGGCUGGAGCCAUAGAGCCCAAGAUUGUGGGUGGCAGUUCGACAACUAUAGAACAGGUUCCCUACCAGGUGUCCGUCCGUCUGACCGCCAACGAAAAGAAGAGCUAUGGUUCCGGUCACCUAUGUGGCGGAGUGGUGAUUUCCCAGCGCUUGGUGGUCACCGCCGCCCAUUGUUGUUACAUCACCGAUAAAAAGAAGUACCGAGCUGCUGGUGAGUUCGUCAUAGUCAUGGGCAGCACCUAUCUGAAGAGCUACACCAAUCUCACCUUGGAGUACUACCUGCAGCAGCUGAUCGUCCAUGAGAACUACCAAUCGGACUCUCUGACCAACGACAUCGCACUGAUGUUUAUUAAUGGUUAUAUUCCCUGGAACUGGCCAACAGUGAGGGCCUUGUCCCUAAACAGCCAAGUUGUGGCCACGAGCACUGAGUGCCUGAUCUCUGGAUGGGGUCUGCUCCAGGAGGGUGGCAUUGUGAGCAGUAAUACCCUGCAGUCCGCCACGGUGCCCAUUGUGGCCUACACCACCUGUCGCAUUGCCUACGGCACCGUUCCGAUUUCGCAGGUGUGUGCCGGAUAUUGGACUGGGGGAGUGGACGCCUGCCAGGGCGACUCCGGUGGACCCAUGAGUUGCAACGGAAAGCUGACUGGGAUCGUCUCCUACGGCGCCGGGUGCGCGGCAGCUGGUUAUCCGGGCGUCUACACCAAUGUCUCGUACUACCACAAUUGGAUCGUCCAGAAGAACAACUCCCUGAACUACACGCUCUAUCAUAGUGGAGGAGUUCGGCUGGGAUCGGGUUGGUCCUUCCUCGGGACUUGUCUUACACUGACCCUUGCCUUCGUCUUGGAUCUCAGACUGAUGUUGCUGAUUCUAGCGGCCGAUCCCAAGCAUAGUCACGCCCAGAUUCUCCAGCCGAUGUCCACGGCCUCGUCCUUUGUGAUCCUGCCGAAGAUUGUGGGCGGCUAUACGGUGACCAUUGACCAGGUGCCCUUCCAGGUGUCCGUGCGCCGGCGUCCGAUCCACCAGCGGCGCUUCGGAAUGGGUCAUGUGUGCGGCGGAGCGGUCAUCUCCCAGCGGGUCGUCUGCUCGGCGGCCCACUGCUAUGCCAUAAAUAACUCGGUACCGCUGCAAUACCGUGAUCCGGAGCAAUUCGUGGUCGUCGCCGGCAGCAGUGCCAUCGAUCAUACGGACCGCUUCACCCAGGAGUACCUCGUCCAGCAGAUCGUUGGCCACGAGCAGUACAAUAUGACAUCGUUGGAGAACGACAUCGCCCUGCUCUUCCUCAAUGGAUUUAUUCCGUGGCAAUCGCUGGCGAUUCGACCCAUUCCGCUGGCCAUCGAUGCACCGGAAGAGGGCACCAUCUGCCUCAUACACGGCUGGGGCAAGGUCACCAAGAAGGACAAAUCUGCUUCGUUGCAACAGGCCCCAGUACCGAUACUGAACAAGGAGCUCUGCCAGGUGAUCUACAAGCUACCGGCCUCCCAAAUGUGCGCCGGAUUCCUGCAGGGCGGCAUCGAUGCCUGCCAGGGCGACUCCGGCGGACCGCUGAUCUGCGACGGGCAUUUGGCCGGAAUAAUAUCGUGGGGCGUGGGCUGUGCGGAUCCAGGCUAUCCAGGUGUUUAUACCAACAUCUCGCACUUCCUAGAAUGGAUUCGGAAGGCCAACGCUUCGCUGGAUUACUCCGAGUACCGCCAAAUGACGCCGCAGAGAGCCGUUCCACGGACACAGGCCAUCCGGCCGAGAUUCGAUGUGGACCCCGGCAGGAUUAUCAAUGGCACGGAGGCCACGCUGGGGGCCACCAGGCACCAGGUGGGCAUCCGAAAGGCCCUCAACGAUGGCUACUUCUUUGGCACGGGACACCUGUGCGGAGGAUCGCUCAUCCGACCAGGAUGGGUACUCACCGCCGCCCAUUGCUUUGUGGAUCAGGUGAUAUAUGACGGAACCUUUGUGCCCAAGGAGGAGUUCAUCGUGGUGAUGGGCAACCUGGAUCGCUACAAUCGCACCAACACGCUGACCUUCACGCUGGAAGAGCGGAUCAUGCAGCUGGACAAGUUCGACCUGUCCACCUACGACAAGGACAUCGCCCUGCUGAAGCUGAAUGGAACCGUGCCCACCGGUCACCCGACCAUUCGUCCCAUCGCCCUCAAUCGGUUUGCCGUCGCGGAGGGCGUCGUCUGCCAGGUGACGGGCUGGGGCAAUACGGAGGAGGGCUACAUUUCGGAUAUCCUGAUGACCGUCGAUGUGCCCAUGAUCAGCGAGGAGCACUGCAUCAACGACAGCGAUCUGGGCCAUCUGAUCAAGGCGGGCAUGGUGUGCGCCGGCUAUCUGGAGGUGGGGGAGAAGGACGCCUGCUCGGGCGACUCCGGAGGACCCUUGGUGUGCCAGAGUGAGCUGGCCGGCGUGGUCUCCUGGGGCAUUCAGUGUGCCCUUCCCAGGCUGCCGGGUGUCUACACGGAGGUGUCGUACUACUACGACUGGAUACUGGAGAACAUGGGCGAGGAUCCGAAUGGUGAUGGAAGUGGUGACGGAAGUGGUGACGGAAGCGGUGAUGGAGGUGGUGACGGAAGCGGCGAUGGAAGUGGUGAUGGCAAUGACGAUAAUAAUGGAGGUGGUGGUGCCAUGGGCGUCAUGGUCGGAACUGUGAGCCUUCUCUUGCCUAGUUUUCUCGCCCUGAGGCUAAUGACUAAUCAGUUCUGAUUACCUUAGAGUUACUUAAAUAAACUAAGAACUAAAAUUUGA